UCACUGGUUUCAGUCAGUGUGACAGUGCCUACCUCCCGGCUUAUCCACUCGUCUGUCUCCGACAUCACCAGCUCCGGUCACCUCACUAAAAUCAUGAAAAUCUGGACAUCAGAGCACAUAUUCAACCAUCCUUGGGAGACAGUGACCAAGGCUGCUAUGCAGAAGUACCCCAACCCCAUGAACCCCAGCGUGAUUGGAGUGGAUGUCUUGGACAGAGGCAUCGACAAACAGGGACGCCUCCACAGUAAAAGACUGCUCAGCACAGAGUGGGGCCUUCCAUCUAUAGUGAAAUCUAUCAUUGGCAACACACGAACAUACACAUAUGUUCAGGAGCACUCGGUUGUGGAUCCCAAAGAGAAAUCUUUUGAACUUCAGUCCACAAAUAUUACGUUCACAAACAUGGUGUCUGUGGAUGAGAAGUUAACAUACAAACCACACCCUGAGGAUCCAGAAAAAACAAUACUGACACAGGAGGCUAUCAUCUCUGUGAAAGGAGUCAGUCUAAGCAGUUACCUAGAGGGAGUCAUGGCCAGCACCAUCUCUGCUAAUGCUGGAAAGGGCCGUGAAGCCAUGGAGUGGGUAAUCAGACGACUGAAUGCAGAAAUUGAGGAGCUAGCAGCCACAGCACGUGGGACCAUUCGCACCCCGAUGGCUGCUGCGGUCACUGAGAAAUGACACCCGCCUCUAUUUACCAAUAGAGUCUGAGAGAAACUGCACAGCAGUGCAACCAGCCUCCCUUUAUGAUGCUCUCAUGCUGUUUUGGUGCUCUGGGUUUUUGUAUUAUUUAACUCCUCCAUCUCAUAUACUUUACUAUCUACAUUAGAUAAAUGUAUAACAGCAGGCUGUAUCAUAAAGGGAUUCUGUGAAGUCUUUUUCAGGAGAUGCUGCUUGGCAGGACUGCAGUAAUGAGACAGUUGGGAAGGAAACAUGGGUGGAGCACUCAGGGACAUAUUUUGAACAACACUGUUAUCUGUGUGUUUGGAAACAUGAAGCAUUGGCAGAGAUGUAUUUGAGGCAUUGGAUGAACUGAAAACAUACGAAAAGUGCCAAAAGGGACACAAUGCUUUUUGUCCAGCCUCUUAAAAAAAACCUUUGCCAGCUGUGUUUCCAUCUGCCAUAAGACCUCAGAAUGCCAGGAAGUCGUGCCAGUGGUAUGAACUCUGUGUUUACAACAAAAGAGUUACAAGAAAAACAGUUACGGUGCAAUAAACAGUAUAGAAGCGAUGGCGAAGAUUACUCCUGUUAAGAUAUGAUGGCAGAAAACAAUGCUGUGUCGAGGCGGGUCAAGUGCAAUGUGUGUCAAGGUGACAUGGAAGUGGUUUCAGGUGUCAGAGUAAGCAGUGAGUUAACGCAGCCACUGGCAGUGAGACAUUAAUGACAUGUUUCACAGACAGGUUUAGUUGUGUAAGAGCUAUCUUUCCAACAAUGCUUUCUUGUGGGACCUCAGUAAUAACAAGACACUCUGUACCAGGCAGUGUUCAUAUGCAAGCCUGAAUAUAAACUGUAUUUUGUUAUUAUCUAAUAAGUGAUAUUGUUAUUAAGGUAUUUAAGUGAAAUGAAGGGAUCAAGGUACUUGCCAUAUUUAUGUUUUUCACAUGACUUAAUGUGGAAGACCUUCUCAAACACUGUCGUACAAACAAGCGUAAUAGUAAAAAUCUGUUUUCUGAACUCAAAACAGUUUUACUGAUACACAUGGAAAUUGUUCCUCAGCAUGUCCUUUCAGAGUAAAGGCUGAGACCUUUGCAGUGACUUUUAUUUGCACUUACAGAAUAACACAUUUUAACGAAGAAAAGCUGCUAUACUUGCUGAGGGAUCUGAUCAUUUGUGAAUAUAUUGGUAUUACUGUUUGAGGGAUUAAUUGUGCGUACACUGUGUGUUUGAGAGGUCUUUCUUCAUAUAACAGACAGCAGUGUGGUGAAAGUGAACGCUUAAGUUUCAUUAAUAUAUAUAUUUUUUUCUACCUAUGACAGGAAUAUUUAGAAAAAAUAGUUUGUUUUGAUGGAGCAAGUUGUGGCUUGGGUUUGCCAUUGUGAAAUGUGAUAUCACAUGCUUUAGUUAGAAAUUGUAACUUAAACUUGUCUGGGUGCCUCUGAAAAAGAAAUGGUCUCACCAUCUAUAGAAUAUGGAAAUUAAAUAAAAUAUUUUAACCUGUUUAAUAGGAGAUGUUUUCCAGUAAUUCUUCAAAUUAGGUAUACCUCAGAAUGAAAUACGCUUGGUUGCUGUUACAAUGAAAAUCAAAUAUAUUUUGAAAAUUAGAUGUUCUCUUUUUGAAUUUGCAUUCGUUAUGAUGUAUACAAUAUUUAACAUGGAGUGGACAUUUAUUCAAAUUGAUCGUUAUUUUGUUUUCAAGUAGCAAAGUGGUCUGUGUGAAAAUAUCCAGUGCACAUGAUUCUGCUAAAAUAGUGGCUUGAAUGACUGUGGAGGUUCAGUCAAGAGAUGUUCACCGAAUGUAUGCAUUCCAUACGACACUGUUAACUAAGGUGUGUGAAGGUCUGCUUUUCCUCUAUAUCUUCAGAGUCCAAACACUGAAGCAGUUAUUCUUCAUACUGUAUGAACACCGAGAUGUGGGCCAGUACAAAUGCAUUGUUCUUACAUUGAUCACUUGGCAGGAUGGACUGAUGUUGCAUGUUUGAAAUGGAAGAGCCACAUACUGCCACACUGUGGCCAAAUGCUAGAUUUCCAGUUUCAUCUUGACAAGUAUUAUAAAAAAGAUUCUGUAAUGUAAUUUCAACUAGAAAUUAAAGGCCAAGUCUUACCUUGACAAAAGUAAGGGCCAAAGUUAAUGAAAUGUUGCUGUUUUUAAGUUACUGGCUAUGUGAAAUGAAUAGUUAGAAAUAAAGUUGUUUAAAUUAUGA